GGUGAGGUGCUCUGCCCGGCGCCCCUCCGGGGCUCCCAUCGCCGAAACCCUCUCGUACGGAGGCGCUUUGGUACGGCGGCCCCCCCCGAGCGCGUGUGGCCGUUCGCUUUGCAGGCAGCCAUGAGGGGAGGCCGCUGGAGAGGCGAGGAGAAGCGGGGCUGGAGCGCUCGCGGGCACAGGCACCGGCCCCGCGGGCGCCGGCGGCCCGGUCACCGCCCCGAGAGGUCUGAACAGGAAGAACCACAAACCCCAGUGAAUGCAGACCCCAGCAGCAGUGGAAAUCCUUCUUCGUCCAGUUUAACACAGAACUCUGCAGUACCAGAACUGCCAGGAUUUUACUAUGACCCAGAAAAAAAUCGCUAUUUUCGCCUACUGCCUGGACAUAAUAACUGCAACCCGCUCACCAAGGAGAGUAUUCAGCACAAGGCAAUGGAGAGUAAAAGACUGAGACUCUUAGAAGAGGAAGAAAAGCAAAAUAAGAAAACAACAAGGGCAGGACUAAAUUCAUCCAUGCUGUUACAGAAAAGGCAGCUAGGUUUGCUCAGUUCCACAAGUUAUUGCAGGAUGGUCCAUGAACUAAAAGUGAACUGCAUGCAGAGGAGGAAGAUAGAAAUUCACAGUCCAGAUUCCUCGGUUGCUGGAACCAACAAUUUUAAAAUAAUUGUGGCAGAUGUUGCUUGUGAGCGGAUAUUCACCGUGAAUGAUGUAGAGCAUGGAGGAUGUAAAUAUGGAAUCAUCAACCUCAGUGGUUUGGGGAAGGAGUCUCUCACUGUAGAGAUGUAUGACAACCUCUACUUCACGAACCGCAAAGUGAAUUCUGUGUGCUGGGCAUCACUGACUCAUCCAGACUCUCAUGUCUUGCUGUGUCUCAUGGGAAUUGCAGAAACUCCAGGCUGUGCCAGUUUGCUUCCAGCAUCGUUGUUCAGCAGCACUAACCCAGGAGAUCGACCUGGAAUGCUGUGCAGCUUCAAGAUAUCUACUGCCUGGUCCUGUGCUUGGUGCCUGAAUCCUCAAGCAGACAACUGCUUCAGCACAGGCCUGACACGACGAGUUCUCGUGACCAACGUAGUGACAGGGCAUCGACAGACAUUUGGAACCAGUAGUGAUGUCUUGGCACAACAGUUUGCCACGCAGGUAGAAAGAACCAUACGCCCUUCAUUUUUUUUCAAAGCAUUGUCAUUAGUGGGUACUAGGUCUUUUCAGAUGCUAUGCAGUGCACCUCUCUUUUUUGGAUUCUUCCAGACCCCGAUGCUGUACAAUGGCUGCCGUUCAGGUGAGAUUUUCAGCAUUGAUGUGCGUCAGCGCAACCGCAAGGGGCAGAGCUGGAAAGCAAUCCGCCUCUUCCAUGACUCGGCAGUUACGUCUAUUCGGCUUCUUGAGGCUGAGCACUACCUGAUGGCAGCAGAUAUGGCUGGGAAGAUAAAACUCUGGGACCUGAGAACAGCUAAGUGUGUGAAACAGUACCAAGGUCAUCACAACGAAUAUGCUAUUCUCCCUUUGCAUGUAAAUGAGGAGGAAGGACUUCUUACAGCAGUUGGUCAGGACUGCUACACCAGAAUUUGGAGCCUCCAAGAUGCCCGUCUGCUUAGAACCAUCCCUUCUCCCCACCCAGCCUCCAAAGAUGCUAUUCCCAGUGUGGUGUUUUCUUCAAGACUUGGGGGUAGACGAGGAGUCCCUGGUUUGCUCAUGGCUGUCAAACAGGAUCUCUACCACUUCUCCUAUAACUGACACAAUUGCUCUUUUCAGACCUGGUCUACAAAGCUGCCAGCCUAUACAUGAAAUUCAGAAUAUUUAUACUGAUCACCAGGGAGAUGGUUUAGUGUGUGACAGUGGUAGCAGGGUGAUGGUUGGACCAGAUUAUCUUGAAGGUCUUUUCUACCCUAAUGAUUCUAUGUUGUUGAGUCACUGUGUGCUGCUGUUGCAUCUCCUUUAAUAAUGAAAUUCAGAGCCUCCACUAGGUUUGGCAAAUGUUGCUGUAUAUAUCUCAGACAUCUUGUAAAUAAAAGUUGACUGCUGAUGAA